AUGGACACUGCUAUGGAAAUCAACCUGGGUGCCGCUGGCCACGGGCCCCGCACAGAGCUCGACGAUGAGGACUACCCCCAGGGUGGCUGGGACACGGUCUUCCUGGUGGCCCUGCUGCUCCUGGGGCUGCCAGCCAAUGGGCUCAUGGCAUGGCUGGCCGGCUCGCAGGCCCGGCAGGGAGCGGGCACGCGGCUCGCCCUGCUUCUGCUCAGCCUGGCCCUCUCUGACUUUUUGUUCCUGGCGGCGGCAGCCUUCCAGAUCCUGGAGAUCCAGCAUGGAGGGCACUGGCCACUGGGGACGGCCGCCUGCCGCUUCUACUACUUCCUGUGGGGUGUGUCCUACUCCUCCGGCCUCUUCCUGCUGACAGCCCUCAGCCUGGACCGCUGCCUGCUUGUGCUGUGCCCUCGCUGGUACCCUGGGCACCGCCCAGCCCGCCUGCCCCUCUGGGUCUGUGCCGGGGUCUGGGUGCUGGCCACCCUUUUCAGUGUGCCCUGGCUGGUCUUCCCUGAGGCCGCCGUCUGGUGGUACGACCUGGUCAUCUGCCUGGAUUUCUGGGACAGCGAGGAGCUGCCGCUGCGGAUGCUCGAGAUCCUGGGGGGCUUCCUGCCUUUCCUCCUGCUGCUCGUCUGCCACGUGCUCACCCAGGCUGCUACCUGCAGAACCUGCCGCCGCCAGCCCGGCUCCACGGCCUGCCGAGGCUUUGCCCGCGUGGCCAAGACCAUUUUGUCAGCCUAUGUGGUCCUGAGGCUUCCCUACCAGCUGGCGCAGCUGUUGUACCUGGCCUUCCUGUGGGACAUCUACCCCGGCUACCUGCUCUGGGAGGCCCUGGUCUACUCUGACUACCUGAUCCUGCUCGACAGCUGCCUCAGUCCCUUCCUCUGCCUCCUGGCCAGUGCCGACCUCCGGGCCCUGCUGCACACCGUGCUCUCCUCCUUUGCCGCAGCUCUCUGUGAGGAGCGGCCGGGCAGCUUCACUCCGGCUGAGCCACAGACCCAAGCGGCCUCUGGGGAUCAGACUCUACCAGGGCCAGUGGCUGAGGCCCAGCCACAGGUGAACCCCACAGCCCAGCCACUGUUGGAGUCCGCGGCCCAGCCACAGUCAGACUCUCUGGUCCAGCCUCAGCUGAACCCCAGGGCCCAGCCCCAGGAGAACCACGAGGCCCAGCCCCAGCUGGAUGCUGGAGCCCAGCCACAGGCAAGCCCUGAGGCCCAGGCCCCUGGAGCCCCGGCCAGCUCAGCCCCCAGCCCCUGUGACGAAGCCUCCUCUGCCCCCUCCACGGAUUCCACCCCAGAGGCCCCUGUGAACCCGGCCGAACCUGCUGCCUCUGAGGGAGAAAGCCCCAGCAGCGCCCCCCAGGAGGAGGCCCCGGGUGCAGGCCCCACGUGA